AGCUGAGCGUCGUCUGCUCGAGAACGUUUACGUACCUGGGCAUUUCCGUCUAAGCGGGUUGGAGGUGGGCAUGUAUCUCCCAACCCAAGGUCCAAAGACUCAAAUCAGGCAGCUGGUGAUGUCAACAAAGCCAUUCGGUUGAGAUGUCAUAUACGGGUAUUACGAGUGUUUAGUUAAAAGCUCGUGCAUAUGGCCGCUUUGGAAAAAGCACAGUUGACGAAGCUGUUUUAAGCAUUUGCUUCUUUGUUCCGGGAUAUAUAACUACGCGUCAACACUCCUUUUUAAAUAGUAAUCUUGAUUUGUCUUUGUUCCGGGAGUGGGAACCACAAGAGAUGUCAUACGCGCUUAUUGCAUAUGUUUAUUUUAUUUUAUUUGCCCGGUACAUAUGGCCGCUUUGAAAAAGCACACCUAGCAGAACAUUAUUCAGUGCAUCUGCGUCUUCCCUUCGGAACAUAUAACUACGCCUCAGUCCUUUUUUUUUAAAGCUUUAAUCUUGAUUCACCUCCGUCAAGGGGGGCGGGGGGCACAAAGAGAGAGAGCUUUGUAACAACGCAUUUAUAUGUAACCGCACUGUGUUGCUCUUGUACCCUUAGGAAGAGAACGGUGCCAAGAGCCCCUAGGGGCCAUGGGGUGGUAGAGGGGGUGUGUUGCUCUCUCCUGACCAAUACGUAGUAGGAACGAGAAGUGACGUAAACAACAUGGCAGCGGUCAACGAUCGCUGCUAAUCAUUGUGUGUGAAAGUGCGAGGAGAGAUAAACCGAGUUACAAGUGUUCAGAGUAUUUUUCUCAGUUUAAAACGUGUUGUCUGACAAGAAGGAAAGAGUGGAAGGACUCGUCGUUCCGUAGAAUCAUCCGAAGGUGAAUUUUGACAUUCUCGUCCCAGCAGGAUCUCCCGAUGGUGAAUAGUACUUUGUCGUAGGAUCUUCCGAAGGCGAAUUUGACGUCCUUUACAUAGGAUCACCCUUAGGAGAAUUUGACGUCCGCGUCGUAGGAGCUCCUGGAGCGAAUGACGUCCUCGUCGUAAGACUCCCUAAGGUGAAUUUGACGUCCACGGCCCAAAUAGGAUCUCCCGCAAGGGGAUGACGUCCCCGUCGUAGGAUCUCUCGAAGGUGAAUGACGUCCUCCUGCAGCGACAUGAAGGACGACGAACUCGAUCUGGGCUUCACGCCCCAAAAGUACGUCGUGUACAAUAAGCUCCUGCCGUACGGGGAGGACAUAGGACCCGAGAUCUUACAGCAGCUGCAGGGGAUUAAGGAGAAUUUGUCCAAGGCUGUGGUCCUGCACGACAUCAGGCCGGGAUGUAUACAUUGGGUGGCCAGGUUGUCGAGAUUUGUCAAGCUUUAUGGAGUGUGCAUGUCCAAAGACGACCACAUCCUCUUUGUGAAGUUACUAUACGAGUUGAGUGUUAUUCUCAACCAGGAAUUUUGGGUUACUGCCAAAUUUGCUCAGAUGCUGACAAUACUCUUGAAGAAAAAAGAAUUGCUGGCUCCUGGCGAUCUGGUGUUAGAUUGGAAACCACUCUUUCAACUGUAUGAAUCCCUCUUCUACAACUCGUACAACACCAUCGGCAUGCUGAUGCUUCCGUCGCGGACCAGGGGGACUGCCAGUCGUUUGAUUAGCCGUAAAAAGGAUAUAUCGAAUGCUGAGGGAGUGAUUGAGAGCAUGAUACGUGCCUGCCGAUCUUAUUUUCCCAUUGAAUCGACGGCAGAGAUCUUGGAGAAAGUUCGCCCUCUGAUGUGUCCCUUUGAUAUGUCCAUGCAGAAGGCAAUGGUAUAUUUAGAACUUUUUCUCCCAACUUCCGUGAGUCCAGAACUUGCCCAUUUGAGCUGGGAUUUGUGGAAGGAUGAGUUACUUGGUAUCUGGAUUGCUUGUCACAACAGUCAUCUUUGGUUUUGGGAAAACAAUGUAUUUUGGCUGUUUUCAAGACUAGCUUGGCAUAACAUUGGUUAUGUGGAUUGGGAAGAAUAUUUGCCAAUGGUGUUCACUAAGGUGCUACGAUCCUUCCGCUUGCCUGUAUCAUACAAGAAAGCACAAGUUACAAAAGGUGAUGGACUUUCACAGUUUUCAUCUUCUAUGUUUAUUGUUGCAAACUUGGGUGGAGGUAGUAAGACACAGCAGCAUCUGGAGCGAUUAUUCAAGUCACUAGAAUCGUAUUAUCAUCCCUCCAAUUCAGGUCACUGGAGUCGUCUCUUACACGAGUUCCUGAAUAAGCUUACUUUACUCUUCAUUAGGAGACUUCACAGGGAGAGGCAUAAAAAACCAUCAUGGGAAACAGAGGUUGCACCUCACAAGAAGCUAACUGAAGAUGAGAUAACUGCAUUUGUGCGGUGUGUGCAGACCCCGGCCUUGCUUGCUAUGUUCUCUCAUGCUGGCACUCACGAUGCAGGUGUUGUCUUCCAUCGUCUUUCAUUACUUCGUCCAGAAAUUGUUACUCCACCACUUUUAGAACAGUUAUAUUCCUCUCUGGAAACCACUACGGAGCCUCACCGGCUAACUGCAUCACUUGAGUGUGUUGUUUGUGUUGCAAGGACAAUGGUUCAGGGAGUGAAGUACUAUCCUGAAGGACAGACGCACGUCAUUCCUCUUCUGCUUCAGACUUUACCAGGCAUUGAUCCAAAUGAUAUCAGGAAAUGCAUGGUGACAUUCCAGUUUAUUUACACCUUAGUAACGCUGGUGCCAUUUGUCGAUUGUUCAAGUGCAUUGGAUCAAGUAUCAGACUUAACAGAGGUGGAGCAACAAGUUUGUCUUCAAACAGCAAGCUUUGAGGAUUUCGUGUUGCAGUUUAUGGAUAGAUGCUUUGCUCUGAUAGAAAAUUCGACUUUGGAACAAAUCACCCAGUUGGACAGGGAAACGGAGAAGAUGAACAGAGAAGAGAACAUGCUCGAAAUGGGUCUCUCCUCAACAUUUUCUGCCAUAUUGACGCAAAGUCAUCCAAAGAUAUACAAGGCAGCACUUCAGCGGCUUCAGACUUUUAUCAGUGGGAAAAUGAUUGAAAUCCAUGUGGCUGGAAAGUUUGCUGCUAACAUGUGUCGAUCAGCUGUCAAGUAAGACACGUAGAAAAGAAUUGUUAAUCCUAAGGAAGCACUCAAGGUAUUUGUCCCUGGAGUUUGCCGUCUCUUGUUAGCUUUAACUGACAAUGAAGAGGUCAAGAAUGAAGAAAACUUAGAUGACGAAAUAUUGUUCAAUCUUCUCCUUCUUUCUGAGUUGGUGAGAUGUGGAGGGCACCUCGUUGAAUAUGUGCCUCAGAUAAUGCAGGUUCUACGGCAGACAUUGCAUCUAAAGUGCCGAGAAGGGUAUCACUUAGCAGGAUCUGUAUUAAGAUUCCUCCUUAAAUAUUUAGGUGUUAGCUCCCAUUUCUGAGUAUUCGAUUUUCUUUUAUCGUAUGACUGGGAUACACCCCUGACAGAGUAUUUGCCCAUAAGGCACUGGGGAGAAGCCGGUCAUAUUCACAACCUUGGCAUUAAGUGGGUGGAGCCAGGCAAAGCUGAGGAGGAAGCUAUGUCAGAUCUCGUCCGUACUUUCUUGACCCCUGAGCUGAAGCUGUUAAAGGAAGUUGCUCUUGGAGAGAAGGAAGUGUCCAGGGAGGUUCUUCAACAGAGUCUGAGUAUCACACUAGAUGUUGUUCUUGGGGCUGGUAUUGCUCUCCCACAUUGGGGCGAGGAACCCAUUGAUUUAAUGAAUAUGGCUGUUAGAAAAGAUUCCAGUAGAUUUAUGACAAGAAAAUAUGAGUUGUGUGUGACGUUGGAUACUCCCGGAUUUCCUCCCAAUGUUCGCAAGGCAACGGCAGAUGUCAUCUUGAUGUUGGUGAAUCAAAUGCUUGAAAAGGGAUCAGAUGAUACAAAAGCCCUAAGUCGGGCUAUAAGUAUCUAUAGUGGUCUCAUAUUUUUCCAUGGUGUUUCCAAAGAAGAUUUUGAUGCCAGGUGGAAAAGUUUUCAAUUUAUAAAGGAUGCAUUAGCAAAUAAAUUAACGAGGAACAAGCAGCAUAUACGAUCGCUCUUGAUAGAGAGAGCAGUUCUUCAUCAAGAAAGUCGCGUUUUAGAAAACAGCACUGUGCAUCUAACUGAAACCCAUAGUAAAAUCAUGAUAAGUUUACUGCAGUUGUCAACUAGCCAGUAUAGUGGGGUUCGUAGUAAAGCACAGAGUGUUCUUAGUCAAGUAUUCCAGUAUUUCCCUUAUUCGUACAAAAUUGUCCUGCCACAUCUCAUAACAUACCUCAAUGUUGAUCCUACAGAAAAUCAUGAGCAGUUCAAAGGAAGUUUGUAUGUUCUUUUGGGCAAACAAAAUAAAUCUCUGAUGGUCCGUAGGGACUGGGAGAGUCUCAAUAUGUUGUGGCCUGCAGUCAUUUCUGCUAAACACUCUGAAAAACCUUCAAUUAUCAAAUUAAUGAAUGCAAUCUCGGACUCCGUAUAUUAUUACAUGGAGCUUUUUGCCAUUUAUCAUAAGGUUUCAGAUGGUGCCAUAUCGGCAGCUAAAUCUGUGCUUGCAUCAGAGAACCCAAACCCCACUGACUCUUCUGUUGGUCAGGAGGCAAUUGAUGCAGCAUGCCAGCAUUUGGCUAAGAUUGGCAGCAAUAAUUAUUUCAUGUACAAUAACCUAAUUGAAAAAUUGUUCAAACUUCUAGAUUCUGGCACGCUGCAUUGGCGUUGCCACAACUUGACUCUCAAUCUUUUGGGCUGUCUCAUCCGUCCAGAUGUGACCUAUCCAGCCCCUGGUGUUCGAGCAAUAACCACAAACUUAAUCCAUGAUAAUAUUCGAAUAAGAGAGACUUGUCUGUUCUACAUGCCAUGGAUUUUGAAAAAUCAAAAGAGAAAGCAUGUGAAAAUAGAAGUAGACCCUUUCAGCAUGGAUGGUUCCAAACCAGUUCCUAAAAAAAUACCCCCGGGAGAUUCAAGACCCGACAAUGAGUGGUUGCAGUAUGAUAGCAGUAAGAAGAUUGAAACUGAAGAGCAAUGGGAGGAGUCGCGUUAUGUUGAGAAGACUUACCUUGGAUGGUAUACGUGGCCUAGAGAGAUGAUGGUCUAUGCCCCUCCAUCCAAGCAGCCUCCUCUGGAUAGAAAAAGGGAAGACCUGAAAGAGGAGGAACGUGUAAUCUAUGAUUUCUUCACAUCUGAGUGCUGUGUUGACAAGCUGGUAUCCUUUCUGUCUUUAGAGGAGAACAAAGAACGUGAUAGCUUUAACAAUCGUCGUUAUUGGGUAUUUAAGGGGCUCUUCAGAAAUUUUGGGGACACAUUUUUGAAGCCAUUUGAAAGCCACAUUAGAAAACUUGUGGCGGAGACGCACAAAAGUAGUCAGAGGUGCGCCACUGAAAUAAUUACGGGUAUGAUUCGGGGUAGCAAGCACUGGACAUUUGCUAAGCAUCAAGCCCUGUGGGCUAUGCUGAAGCCAAUCAUUCAGACAGGAAUAUCCAAUGUGACGGUGGAGACAGUUGAAGAUUGGGGUACAUGUAUGGCCACAGCAAGUGCAGACAGAGAUCCCAACAGACUUUCACCUCUGCUGGAGCUUUUGUUAGAGGAGCCUCUCAGGGCGGGUGAAAGUGCCUUCAUCGUUUCAAGCCGUAUGUACAUGUUGAUGGGUGGUCUCGGCCAGCAGGAAUGGAGAGUAUCGGAAUUGUGUCAUAGGCUCUUAGAGUACCUGCGACCUGCUCUGUCUCAUCCGUACAAGAGCAUACGAGACAGAAUGGGAAGUGUUUUAACAGGCAUCUUCAUGUUCGACCUGGUUAUACCUGGAGGAGUCCCUUCUAGGUACCCAAACUCAACAAAGUUUAUAGAAUUUUUAAUUCCUCAAUUGUCAGUCCUGAUCCAGGAGACUAGUUCUGGAGCAGCCCAAGAUUCUGACAUGGAGAGUUCCAGUAUGUCUGCUCUACAGCAUGACUAUUCACUCUCUCCAAGUGGUAGUCUUAUGUUCAGUGAAGGAGCUGUUCCACCAAUCUUAGGUUUAAGUAGUGCCUCUUUGAGGGACAGUGAUAGCAUAACCAAAGUACUUCACGCUGUGCACAAGGACGAGGAAGCGGCAGCAAAGUUCUCUGAAAUGCAUCAGCUGGUGAAUAUAGGUAGUCUGAAGCCUUCGUGUCUCAUGAGUACACGAGAAGGUAAAGAUGUUUUUAGACCCUCUGCCAAAAUUAAAUUGCGUGACAGCUGUGAUAUUUCUAGUGAUGUCAUUUGUGAACCGAUGGAAGUUAUGUCAUCUGAUUCUGUUCUUCUGAAAAACAAUGUGCAUGACAAUCAUGUAAAAAGUCCUGUUAAUGGAUUCAUUGUGGCAUCUGGAACAGAAGAAAGAAAAGUUGCAAUAAGACUGAUGAACACCGUAUGCCGUUGGCUUGUGGGUCAGAUGGGAAGAAGUUACAAUGGCAUCGCACCUCAUAUGUAUAGGUUUUUGCCACAUUUGUGCCAGCUGGAAAGUGUGGAUAAUGAUCCCGAACUACGGAAUAAUUGUGUGGCAGCUUUGGCAUUAAUGAGCCAAGGACUUGUAAUUCCAGAGAGAAUACCAGCUUUUCUUGAAGCAGUUUCCCAAGUUUCGCAAAGCAGUUGGUGGCGAGCUCGUGCUGCAGUAUUAUCCUUGCUCCAAGUCGCCGUUUUCACAAACAUGUUCACCAUAUUGAACCAUGAGUCGGCGUCAUCAAAAAUACAAGAGCUGGUAGUCGGUCUUCUGUCAGAUGUGCGACUUGAAGUACAACAAAUGGCAUCGACAGUACUGAGUGGAUUAAUUCACUGCAAGUUCAUCCAGGCUGAAGAAAAACUUUUGGAUGAGUUUACUUCAAAGUUACAAAAUGGUCGUAAGAGGAAGAGAAAACGAAAGGCGCCACUAACAGCGCAACAAGUAUUGGAGCUCCAUGCUGCAGUUUUAGGGCUGUGUGCUUAUGUUAGUGCCUUCCCAUAUGAUGUGCCAGACAUGCUGCCUCAAGUCUUGGUCACGUUAAGUGAACAUCUGAACGAUCCACAUCCGAUACCAGCAACCAUAAAAACAACUCUAAGUAAUUUUAGGAGAACGCAUCACGACAACUGGCGCGACCACAAGCAGAAAUUCACAGAGGACCAGUUAGUUGUAUUAACGGAUCUUCUGCUUUCUCCAUCAUAUUAUGCCUAGGUUUUCUUCUGACUUCCAGUAAUGGCUGGUCUUAAACUUUUAACAAAAGCAUUUGAUAAUCCUCUUAGCUUCAGUUCUUUUACCAUCAUGCUAUUUAUUUGUCUUUCUUAGUGGUUGGCUUUCUUUUUUCCACCAACAAAUAUUGGUGUUGUGGGUAUAGUUCUGUUAAGCAUUUUAAAUUCAGUACCUGUAUAGUAAAUGUAUAAAUUCCAGUUGUUUCAAGCAAGAAUAAGAAUUGUAAAAUUACUGAGUGAAAAUACUUCCAUGACCCAUUGUAUCGGUGAAAUUUCCUUUGUUAAAUUCAGUGAGUUCUUGUUAUCCUUAUGAAACAGAAUACCCAUUGUAAUUAUGAAAUGCCGUAAUUACUUUUCUGUUGCUUAAUGUUAUUGGGGAUUAUAGUAGUUUUUCCUCCUCCCAGAAAAUAUUGGCAUAUUUUUUCAUGUUCAAAUUUUGUUCUGCAAAGUAGCUGCCACAACUUGAUUGGGUUGUUAUAAUACAGGAAUUCACUUUCUCUUCAUGGUGGACUAAAUGUCAGGUAUUUAUGAAAUUCAUAAGCUUUUUCUUUAUGGCUAUCUGCCCUUCAAAUUGCAUAACGGUAUACCUCAAAAAAACCAUAGACAUUCAACACACUGGGUUAUUCAACAAGAGCUGAAGUCCAAAUAUUGUCACUUGAGCUGCCUUUUGUAUAUUUUGGAGAAACCAACAUUUGAAUCGUAUAUGCAUACAUUCACACUAUAUGUUUCCCUUUACUUAGAGAUUUUCGUGAAAUAAUAAAAAGUCUGGUCGUUGCUGUUAAUGGUAAUAUUUUGGACACAAUGAUGUUGUGCCAUAAUGUCAAAUUAAAUGGUUAUGCAUUUUAUUUUUAACCAGCUUUUUAUUUUUUCAGGGUAAAGCUGGUUAAGCAUGUAGUGACAUACCUGAUUGCAUAUGUUGUGUCCCCACCUGUUAUAUUAUUUAUUUAUACAAUAUACUACCUUGUAUUUAUAGGACAGAAAUAGGGUCAUGUUAAUAAUUGUUACAAUGCUCAACUUAUCCCAUUAUUUUUUUUCUUUAAAAGGCAGACAAGUCAUUUUCUUUCCAACGGUAAAAGAUAGCCUAAGCCAAGCAUUAUCUGAUACAGAAGUUUGUUGCUCUCUCAAAUGAAUUCCUUUAGGCGAAAAUGGUGGAUGUAAGCCAAAAUAUUGAUUUAGUGACCCUAACCUCUCGACCACACUUGUAUCUUGAUCGUUGUAUGGAAUCUUAUUAAAAAAAACACAAAACUCCUGCUUAUCAAAAUAUCUGGCUUUUGUUUGUCUUUUUAUAUGUGGAAGGGCUGGGCUUGUUUGAAAAAUACUGGUAUUGGGUAAUGUUUAUCUUAUAAGGUUUAUCGUGUAAGAUUGUACCAUAUUCACCUUAUAUAUUUUAACAGUGGAAAAUACUAGUUGCUAAGAGCAAGGAAUUGAAAUUAACCUUCUUAUCCUGGAUACUAUUCUGAAAUUCCUCAGGCUUUUCUGGAGGAUGGAAUUACUUAUUUUAAAGUUACGGUUAUUCAUUUAUCUGUAGGAAAUGCCAAUUUUUCUUUUGCAACCAAAAUUCUCUCUUGUUGACAGAAGCAAUUUUUUAUGAAGUAAUGAAAUUUGUUGAAAUAAAUCCCAUUUUUUAAGUCUAGCAUCAUCAAUGAUUAUAAUGAAAAGCUAAGCAUUUGUCUAUUUUUAUCUACUGUGAUAUGUAGAUUGAUAUAGUACAAUAAGGAACAGACCAUGUUAUAAUUUAUUCAAGCAUUGUUAACCCAUAUAUUUGUAGGAAUGAACUUAUUUAGUGGCUUCUUUUAUGUAUAGAUUGAUUCUUCUUUUACACAUUUUAUAAUUUUGUUUUUCUAUAUUACAUAAAUACAUAUGCUUGUAUUUUUAUAAUAAAACUUAAUAUUUUUUUGGUAUUCUCAACUUCAAAAAUUGAGAAACCAUAAUGAAAUGUGUUCCUAACAUUGUUUUCCUCAGUUUUUGUUUGAAUCAACAGUUCUCUGUUCAUCACUAUAAUCUUUUCUUUUUUGUACAUUUCGGUAGCUACCAGUUUUCUUAAUUGUGAUUGAGAUUAUGAAAGCUCAAACUUUUUAACAUGUGAUAAUAAUAAAAGAUCAUUUGAAUAUUGGAUAUCAUGAAUGACUCACUCAGAGGAGAUAUCAUUCAAGAUUUUGUCUGCAGUAUUAUGUAUAUCCAGAAAGGGAUAGUAUACUCCUUUGAGUAAGUAAUUUUUUAUGUAUAAACCGUUUGCUUUUG